CGCACCACCGCCGUCAGUGCGUCACUCUCUUUCAUUUCUCUUUCCUCACUCUACAACUUCUCCCCUCGUAAGCUGGACUUUGAUCUCAGUACCUCAAAAAUCUAACCCUAACGUGGAAAUUACCAGAAAGGGCUUCACUUUUGGCGUGUAUGGGCUUCUGGCCUUCUGGGUCAAUGGGCAGAGAUUGAGUAUGAGGAAGGUUGGUGGUGGUGCUAGCUCAGCGAGUCAGGCUUUGAGUUCGCACUCGGUGCUGUGAAUUUGUUGUUUCUGAUAAGUUUUGUGAAGCUAUGGAGUCUUAUAAGAGGUGGAUCAGGCGGAACAAGGACUAUGUGCACUCCUUGGAGUCUAUGGCCAAUGGAUUGACAUGGCUUCUUCCUGAACGGUUUUCGGAUUCAGAGAUAGGACCAGAAGCAGUAACUACUAUAUUGGGCAUAAUCACUGCUAUCAAUGAACAUAUUAUUGAUACAGCUCCUACUCAGAUGCAAACAGGCUCCGUGGAGCCUUAUUCAUUUCCUUAUUCAUUAUGCAUAUCUGCGCUGAAAGACUUGGAAACAUUAACUGAAGUUGUAGCACAACAUUACUAUGGUGAUGAUAAGAAAUGGAAUUUCAUUGCUGUUACAGAGGCUACCAAGGUGCUGGUUAGGUUAGCUUUGUUCCGGAACAGUGGGUAUAAGAUGCUUCUGCAUGGAGGGGAGACACCAAAUGACGAAAAGGAAUCAGGUGCUUCAACUUCUCAAUAUAAUGGUUUCGCAAACUCUGGAGGGCAUCAUGGGCCUAGUUACUUGGGGAACAAUUAUGCAGAUACCCAAUGGAAUCUAGAAGGAAGAGCACUAUCUGCAUUAAGCAGUUUUGGAGAAAAUGCUAGGAUGGUUUCAGACCCAGUAUGGUUGCGCAGAGUUCAACACCAGCAUGCUAUUAUGGAGCCUCCAAAACCAGCAGUCAAGAGGCCAACCAUUUCCACCAUAUUGUCCGAAAAGGGUCUUCAUGGGGCUUUAUUUCUAGCGGGGGAGGUGCUAUUUAUCAGUAGACCGCUUAUAUAUGUUUUAUUUAUCCGGAAGUAUGGGAUUCGGUCAUGGAUUCCUUGGUUUCUAUCUCUGGCUGUUGACUUCGUUGGUAUGGGCAUUCUUUCAAAUGUCACAAAGUCGGGAGGUCAAGAUAAAGAGCAACGGUUUCAUCUUUCCAUCUCCGAAAAGGAUGAGAUUAAAAGAAGGAAGCUGUUAUGGGCACUUUACCUUAUGAGGGAUCCUUUCUUUAGCAAGUAUACCAGGCAAAGACUUGAAAGCACCAAGAACGUAUUGGAAGCUGUACCUAUUGUUGGAUUUCUUACUGAGAAAAUAGUUGAGCUUAUGAUUGGAGCUCAGACACGGUAUACUUACAUGUCAGGAUCAUAAGACGGAAGCUGCAAAAAGUUACCCCUUCUUAGGGUUCUACAUUUUUAAAAUGUAUCAACCAAAAAGAGAAAAAUAAAAAAUAAAAAAAGAAUAAUUUUUGGAAGAAGUAAUCCUCCAAUCUGUAUUUAAUAUGACAGCAGCAGGGUGAACUUUGGUUCUAUCACACUCUUGCCUUGGUUCACGAUUUUGUCCCUUAUGAAUCUGUAAAUUUGCAUUGAUCCUGACAGUUGCCUGUUAGUGAAAUGUGAGUUCCUUAUUAAAUUAUUGUAA